UUUUUCUGAAUUCAAGCCACACACAACACAGUAAAACGUUACAAACCAAUAAUAAUAAUAAAAAUCAAAAAUGAAUUUACUACGCAAACCGGCACCUGAUAUCCAUUCGACAGCGGUGAUGUCCGUCGGUUCUUUCAAACCGAUGUCACUUGUAGAGUAUCGUGGCAGAUAUGUAUUACUGCUAUUUUAUCCGGCAAACUUUUCGUUUGUUUGCCCAACGGAGCUGCAGAGCUUCAGCGACCGCGCCCAGGAGUUCCGCAAUGUGGGCUGCGAGAUUUUAGCCUGUUCUACAGACAGCCACUUUGCCCACUCCGCUUGGAUGAUGCAGCCACGCCGAUCGGGGGGACUGGGUGAGAUGGAUAUUCCCCUAAUAGCGGAUAAGUCCAUGCAAAUUUCUCGCGACUAUGACAUGCUGGACGAGACAACAGGCCUGGCAAAUCGCGGCAUGUAUAUUAUCGAUCGCCUUGGCGUCGUUCGACAUGUCUCCGUAAAUGACUCUGGCGUGGGACGCAGUGUCGAGGAGGCUUUGCGCUUGGUUCAGGCCUUUCAAUUUGCCGAUGAGUUCGGCGAGGUUUGUCCAGUUAAUUGGAGGCCGGGUGCAAGGACCAUGAGGCCAGACGAUUCUGGCAAGGCAGAAUACUUUAAACAUGCCACUUAAAACACACGAUUCCUUAUUGAGUUAAAUUAAAGAGUACAAGUAUGACAUGCAUAUGCAUGAACUGAAA